AUGGCUUACAAUCUUCAAUCCCUCAUCACCAUCCUCGAACGAAUUCUGGAUCCCCAACAAACACGCUGGAUUCUUGAACCUGAGAAACCACAACUCCAAUCCCUCCUCGAAAAAGCUUCUUACCUGCAGCAGCAGAUUCUCCAAAAAACUCCACUACUCACCAAAAUACCAAGCUUGGAGUUCCAAAUCAGAGACGUAGCAAAUGAAGCAGAAGAUAUCGUUGAAUCUCACAUGGUUGAACGACUGCUUUCGAUGCCUGAAGAAGAAGAAGAAGAAGAAAACACGACACCAGAUGUGCAGCUAGUGACGCAACAACUUGAUUCUUUAACCCAACAAGUUGCGGAGCUCGUGGAGUUGGAGAGAAACAAGAAGCCGAGUGGCAGCUCAGUGAGUGGUGCUUCUUUCUCGAGCAUCGUGGUGGGAGUUGAUGAAGAUCCGAAGCAUUUGAAGGAUCGGCUGAUCGGGAUGCAGAGCAAGCUGGAGAUCCUGCCCAUCGUGGGUAUGGGUGGUAUAGGUAAAACCACUCUUGCUCGAAAACUUUAUCAAGAUCCACUCAUUCUUGACCACUUUAGCUAUCUUGCUUGGACCGCAAUUUCACAAGAUUACAAUAUGAGGUCAAUUCUAUUAAGCCUUCUUCGUUGCAUAACUGGAUCAGACUAUGAACAUGAGGGAGAUGGUGAGUUAAAAGAUAUCUUGUAUAGGAGCUUGUAUGGUAGAAGAUACAUGAUUGUAUUAGAUGAUAUUUGGAGCACCACAUUUUGGGAUGAGAUAAGGAUGUACUUCCCGGACAACAAUAACGGGAGUCGGAUUGUGAUCACCACUAGGGAAUCGGAUGUCGCCAAAUAUGCAGACUCCAACGAGUCUCAAAGUUGGGAUCUUCUUAGCCAAAUUGUGUUUGGAGAAGAGGAUUGCCCUCAUGAGUUACAAGGGAUAGGGAAGAAGAUUUCGAGUGAUUGCGGUGGGCUUCCUCUGGCUAUCAAUGUGAUUGGAGGGCUGUUGUCAAAGGUGGAAAGAUUGAAAGAUGUUUGGGAGAAUAUUGGGAACGACGUAAGAGCUGCAAUUGCUGAAUCAGACAAGCAGUUCUCCAAUAUACUAUCAGGCCUUAAGUUAUAA